AUGGCAUCGGAGCACCACGAGGUCAUCCUCAUAGGUGCAGGUUAUGGUGGACUUGCAGCCGCAAAAACGUACUUGGCUGUACGACCUUCCAUCGAUCUCCUUGUCAUUGAUAGGGAAGCAGGAGUUGGUGGUGUUUGGGCCAAGAACAGAAUCUAUGAAGGACUCAGAUAUGAGUGGCCUACACCAGGGGCCAACUUUUCGGAUUUUGAUAUGAGGAAGCAAUUCGGCAUGGAGACGUGGGAGCACAUUUCUGGGACCAGAAUGAAUGAAUAUCUCGUGCGUUAUGCGGAGAGAUUCAACAUUAUUGAAAAAUGUCGCUUCAACGUCAAUGUCCUCGACAUCGAGAGGGAUGGCGCGCAGUGGAAAAUUAUCGUUCGCACGACUUCAUCGCCUUCACCAAAAUCUCUUAUCUGUGACAAACUAAUCGUCGCCACGGGUAUGAAUUCAAAGCCAAAAACACCUGAACUUGAUUUAAGCAAGUUUGACGGCUUUUCAUUCCAUUCCAUCGACAUGGCAUCACAGUACGAGAGAAUGAUUGCAAGCGAAGUCAAACAUGUCACAGUCGUCGGCGGCCAUAAGACAGCGCUGGAAACUGUUGGACUUGCUGCUCGUGCUGGUAAAAAGGUCGAAUGGCUGAUACGAGAAGAGGGUGGAGGAACUCCAUGGAUGAUGCAAGCCACGAAUCCAGACGGGAGCUUUGCACUGAAGCCUGUCAUGAUUCGAUGUUUUAGCAAAUUUGGGACGAGUGUUUAUAAAUCCGACCAGUGGUUGAAUCGUUUCUUUCACAGUGGUCAAUGGGCUUUGGGAACUUGGUUUAUCAAUUGGUUCUGGAAGAUGGGGACAAAUAGAGUUCUUGGAGAUCGGUUCAAAAGUGAGAAUGGAGCCAAGCUCAAGCCAAAGUCUCCCAGUUCUUUUUGGCUCAACCCUGGAGGCACGAUACUACAAGAGCAAGAUCUAGAAGUUCUGCGGAUGAUUGACGAAAACCAAUUAAUCAACGUUAAGAUCGCGCAUAUCACGCAAGCACAUGGAAAUGGCGUCUUAUUAAACACAGGAGAAAAAUUCGAAACCGAUGGAAUUGUAUUUUGUACUGGCUGGGAUCUUUCGGCGCCACCGCUCUUCUCUGAUAAGCUAACCAGCGAUCUUGGCCUCCCCACACCUCUUCAAAGUCUCUCAGCGGAGGAGAUAAAAUACUGGGACAACCUCGACCAGCCCGCAGAAGAUAAACUUGUCAAGCUGUAUGCAUUCCUAGAGCAACCACCUCCAUCAAUAUUUGUCCCAAUCUCCACUCUCUCACCAUUUCGUCUCUACCGGCAAAUGGUUCCACCAAAACUAGCUGCUUGUGACGAUAACUCUCUUAUCUUUCUGACCAAUUACUCGACCGGACAGGUGCCUCGUACCUCAGAAAUCUACGCUCUUUGGGCCGUAGCAUAUCUCGAGAAUCUCCUCCCUGACGAUACAAAGGACAUUCUCUCAGAUAAGCAUCAAAUGGACUGUGACAUUGCUCUCAAUGAAGCAUAUCGGAAGAAACGAUUUUUGAAUGCUCACCCUGUGAGAUUGAGCGUCGCUGAGACCUCUGAGCACGACGAAAAUGUGUUGAGAGACUUGGGGCUGAGGAAUGACAGAAAGAGGAUGCGGAUGCCAACAGGGUGGAAGGGAUGGUUCGGAUUGAAGGCUUGGUGGGCUGAGUGGUUUGAACCGUAUUUUCCGGAGGAAUAUGAUGGGAUUGUUGAUGAGUUUUUGGAGCAAGUAGCCCGCAGGAGUGAACAGGCUGGUAGUCAAAAGAAUUAA